AUGGCAACUCAGUUGGGAUAUGGGGAGGGUGUAGGGUGGGAUGAAUCAGACCCCAUUGCUCCUGUGUCAAGCCUAUAUGGCCCUAAUGAUGAGUUGAUAAGCUUGAAUGGAUCUGAUGAUGAAGUUCUUGAUAGUGAUUCUACGUACCAAGAAUACAUUCCUUCAAGGGAUUUAGGAGAAAAUGAACUAGAAAUAGGUAUGAAAUUUGGCUCUGCUGAAGAUUUUAGGUUGGCACUUAGAGAGACAGCAUUGAGGGGUAAGUUUGAUAUAAAGUUCACAAAGAAUGAUGGAGAUAAGUUUCAUAGCAAUGCACAAGCCUCAUCAUCCUUUAUUGCAAACAAAUACUUAGAACAACUGAGAUUGAACCCAAAGAUGCCUUUUAGUACACUUAAGAGCACUAUUGCUUCUGAUUUGGACAUUGAUGUGUCCAAACACAAAGUGUAUAGGGCUAAGAGGAAAGCAUUAGAGAUGAUUGAAGGAAAUGAAGAAGAGCAAUAUGAAAAAAUGAGAGAUUACUGCAGUUUAAUCUCGAGAAUUAACCCUGGCAGUAUUGUUAAAUUGCAAACUGAGCCCACUGGUGUUGAGAAUAAGAGAAGGUUUAUGAGAGUAUUUAUCCGUUAUGAUGUAAUGAAAAUUGGUUUUAAAGAAGGUUUUAGGCUUCUUAUUGGUGUGGAUUGUUGCUUCCUAAAGGGACCAUAUGGUGGCUACCUUUUGAGUACAGUGGCCAAUGAUGGAAAUGGACAGAUGUUUACAGUGGCAAUUGCAGUAGUGGAGUCUGAGACAAGAGAUUCUUGGGAAUGGUUUAUGGGAGAAUUGAUGGAUGCUAUAGGACCUUACCAAGAUAUAACUUUUAUAUCAGAUAGAUAG